AUGGUCCUCAUGGAGUUUUCACGUCGGCGAUCUGCAGCCAAGGCUCAAGGACCUGGAGCAGGAGCAAUGGCUCAAGCAGACGACGAGGGAGUCUCGGGACGGGGAGCCGCAAUGCGGGGAGCAGGAGCAAGAGCUGCUGCAGAAGAAGAAGAGGCAGCAGGCGGAAGCAUUCAGCAAGGGAGAAUGGGCAUGCCGCUGAACCAGUCUUUCAACGACCUUCCGGGCAACUCCUGGCAGCUGGUUCCCUUCUCCAUCGCUGCCAUCUUCAUGACCCUAACAGUCGCUGCGGCCGCGAUCUGGAUGGUUGCGAAAAGAUUCCGGUGA